AUGUCUUUCUACGCGACUCCUUCUCAGCAGCGUCAUCUUCGCGCAUGCAUGGUCUGCGCCGUCGUCCAGCCACACACCAAAUUCGUGCGCGAGGGCUGUCCGAACUGCGAGAACGUGCUCCAGCUCGCAGGAAACACCGACGCCAUCGAGGAAUGCACCUCGCAGGUCUUUGAGGGACUGAUGUCGAUUGGAAACCCAACAGUUAGCUGGGUGGCUCGGUGGCAACGACUGGACAACUACGUGGCUGGCACAUAUGCGGCCAAAGUGACGGGCAUACUCCCCGAAUACAUCAUCAGCAGUCUGGAAGACUCUGGGAUCAAAUUCGUACCGUGA